AAUCCAUGCUGUUGGUCAUAGUAUCGCGAGACUUUCCUCGCGUUGACUUCCCGCAGCCGAGAUCUCGUCCAUGCAAACAGACAUGGCGGCUCCGUGAUCGUCCAUGUGGCUUCGAACACAGGCAGAAAUCUCUCGUAACUUUACAGAAAGUGGUUUAAUAUAACAGAGACAAACAGGAGACUUUGUGGUGAAGCUGUGAGCAGCUCUGUGAGGAAAUAAACAUGCAGCACGACGACGUGAUCUGGGAUCUUAUUGGGAACAAACAGUUCUGCUCCUACAAAGUCAAGACGAAGAGUCAGAACUUCUGUCGUAAUGAAUACAACGUCACAGGUUUGUGUAACCGCUCGUCCUGCCCGCUGGCCAACAGCCAGUACGCCACCAUCAGAGAGGAGAAAGGUCAGUGUUUCCUCUAUAUGAAGGUCAUCGAGAGAGCAGCGUUUCCCGCCAAAAUGUGGGAGAAGGUGAAGCUCAGUAAGAACUACGAGAAAGCUCUGGAACAGAUCGAUGAGAACUUGAUUUACUGGCCUCGAUUCAUCCGACACAAAUGUAAACAACGUUUCACCAAAAUCACCCAGUACCUGAUCCGCAUGAGGAAACUGGUGCUGAAGAGACAGAGGAAGCUGGUUCCUCUCAGCAGGAAGGUGGAGCAGAGAGAGAAGAGGAAGGAGGAGAAAGCUCUGAUCGCCGCUCAGCUGGACAACGCCAUCGAGAAGGAGCUGCUAGAGAGACUGAAACAGGGAACGUACGGAGACAUCUACAACUUCCCCGUCCACGCCUUCGACAGAGCUCUGGAGCAACAAGACGAAGAGGAAGAGAGCGAGUCUGAGGGAGAGGAGGAGGAGGAGGAGGAGGAAGAGGAGGAUGACGAGGACGUCGGGAAGAGAGAGUUUGUAGCAGAAGAAGACGUGGAGGAGAGCGACCUGAGCGACUUCGAGGACAUGAACAAACUGAAGACGAGCAGCGAUGAGGAGGAGGAAGAGGACGAGGAGGAGGUGUCGAGUGAAGAAGAAGAAGAAGAGGAGGAGGAGGAGAUGGAGGUGGAGACGAAGGCCUCCAGGUCUAAAGGCAAAUCUCCGGCCAACGGCUCGGCGGCGAGGAAGAAGCGAGCGUACGUGGAGAUCGAGUACGAGCAGGAGACAGAGCCCGCCUCCAAGAGCAGAACCACGUAGUGACAUCACAGCCUCUGCCUGCCGCCCCAAUCAAAAACUGUGAGCCGCCGCCGGUGAUGUCAGCGGACUCUGUGCAGAGGAAACACUCCUCCCCCCGUGUGUUAACCGCCAACGCGCUGAGGAUGACGUCACAGAGCGGACCUUUCUGUUCCACAUCGUAGAGUUUUUACUGUCAUCCGUAAAACUGAGUUUAAAUGAUAUUUAAGUUUUCUGACAUCAGGCGGUUUGAUGCUUGUGUCACAAACUCCAGAAACUCCAGAGAGGAACAACGACACUGACUUCUGUUUUUUUUAACUUUGGAGCCUUAAAGGACGAUUUCACAGUUUAUCAAGUGUGUCUGAAAACAACAUUAAAGCUGUUUUUCUUGCUGUAA